AUGAACAGUGACUCGGAUGACCGCUCAGGCUGGUCUUGCCGCUCUGACUGGAACCGCGAUGGUGCUACCCCUACUCCCUCUGUUAUGGCCCGAAACUACCCGCAGGAUCAGGACAACUGGAAGGGCAGUGGCAACUACAACAAUGGCAACAACCAGAUUGUCCCCCAGGCCACUCCUGUCGCCAACAACAAAGAUGAGGCUCACGAUGAUGACCCUGACAACCAUAACCAUGACGACAAGGGAAUCAAGGCUAUUAGUGAGAAGCUUGAGUAA